CAAAGGAACUAAAAAGCAGACAUGACCAACCAGCCACUAAUAGAAACAAGAAGGGAAAAAAACCCUAAUAGAGUUAUUUAAAUAUUUUUCAUUAUAUGUUUUUGUGUAAAUAUAUUUAUUUUGAUGUUUUAUACUUUUAUUUUUCAAAAUAAUAACUAAAGAGAUUGGAUUUGAAGAGGUGGAGGCAACGAGGGUGUUAGAAGAAGUUGUAUACUUGUAUGGUUAAACCAUCAUCUUUCUCAUAUCAUAUGGAAAACCAUCAAAACAAUAACCCGACCCGUGACCCAGACCUAGCAGAAGAAGAGAAGAAGAAGCGAAACCAACACCCUCAGGUUUGGGGCACGUGGGAGGAACUCUUGCUAGCGAGCGCCGUCAACCGCCAUGGCUUCAAAGACUGGGACACCGUCGCCAUGGAGGUACAGUCGCGGACCUCCGUACCCAACCUACAAGCCACCGCGCUCCACUGCGAGCAGAAAUUCCACGAUCUCAACCUCCGAUUCGCCGACCAAUUAAACGACGCCGUCCCGCCGCUUCUCCAGAACGGCGCGGCCUCCGUCGAUAGCUCUGAUCAUGUCCCCUGGCUCGACGAAUUGCGGAAGCUCCGCGUCGCCGAGCUCCGCCGCGAGGUCCAACAAUCCGACGUUUCUAUCCUGUCGUUGCAGUUGAAGGUGAAGAAGUUGGAGGAGGAGAGAGAGAAAGAAAAUGACGGUAAAGUCGAUGAGAAAGCAGAUCUGGCGGUUUGCGGCGAGGCACGGCCGGGAAACGAUGGAACCGGCGGAGAAAGGGAAGUUCCGGAGCCGACCGGUUCUGAACCGGAGAUUCGCCGGCUCGAAGAGAGCACCACGAACACCGAUAAGCUUUUGCCAACCACCGGUGACGAGUCGGACCGGGAAAAUCAGUCGGUUAAUGAGUCGAACUCGACCGGUUCGCGGUUUGAGGGAGGGAAAACCGGGGCAGGAGAUGGUGAUGGGAAGACGGGGGUAGGGGCGGUUCCGGUUCAUCCCGGUCCGAAAGAACCGGAUCCGGUUGGCAGGAAGCGGAGACCGAUUGGGGAGGAAUCGAAUAACGGAAGCUACGAUACUGAGGUUAAAGUUCCAACCUGCGAGUCGCAGCCGCCAAGUGAGGAGAGGAAGGCAGAGGAUGGUGGAAGAGGAAGACGCGGCGGAGGAAGGAGGCUUCCGGUGGUAGUGGUGGCGGCGAGGUGGCCCCGGAGAGUGACGAGACCAUGGUGAAAUCCGAGCCGUUGAUUGGGCUGUUGGAGAUGAUCAAGGCACACGAACACAGCUCAUUGUUCGAGCGCCGUCUCGAGAGCCAGAUACAAAAACAUUGUAAGACAGCACGUGGAUUUGGAAACCAUACAAUCGAGACUCCAUAAAGGACAUUAUUCCUCUAGCACCAACUCUUUCUUUCGUGACCUUCUCCUCCUCUUUACGAAUGCCACCGUCUUCUUUCCCAGAGACUCCCUGGAAUCAAUGGCGGCGCAGCAGCUGCGGCGCCUCGUCAUGGCAGAGAUGAAAAACCAAGGCCAAGCACAAUCUGAUCCCUCCCCACAGAAGACGGAUUCCAACCCUCCAAACGCUCCUCAAGCCAAACCAGAAUCUCUCCUUUCCAAGCACAAAGCCUCUGCUCCAAUAUUGGUAUGCCGAAAACGCAGUUCAAUGUCAUCUAAACCUUCUCCGGCGACCUUUGGCCAAAAGGGUGACCAACCCAUCACCGAUAAGAAGGAAAAACCAUCUUCUGAUGCAAAACCACCCAUGAAACCCUCUUCUUCCGAGACAGAUGAAGAUGAGCCUCCCAAGGCCAAGGAAAAGCCGGUCACCGGAGCUCGAAGCCUGAGAAGAAGCAACAAGAACCUCAGCAGCAACAGCAAUUCUGGCAAUAAGAAACUCCCCACUAACUCCACCAUAAAAGCAGGGACUUUGGUGACCAAGGCUGUCGAAGCCGCAAAACCAGACAAGAGCAAAGCAGAGGGAGGGCAGGACAAGAAGAAGAAUGCCGCUGCUGAUUUCUUGAAACGAAUAAAGCGAAACGCUCCAGUGGAGGCACUGAAGAGUGGCAGUGGUAGUGGUGGAGGAAGUAGUAGCAGCAGCAGAGGUGGGACUGCAAGUAUGAAAGAGCAAAAGAAAAUUGUGAAUAGUGGAAAGGGUGAUAAUAAAGGGAAAGAAAGGGCGUCAAGGCAUAAUAACGGUGGAGGAGGAGGGUCAGGGGAUAAAAGGAACAAGAACGUUGUUGAGAAUAGCAAGAGGAGUGUAGGUAGGCCUCCAAAGAAAACAGCAGAAAGCAAUACAGCUUCUGCAAAGCGUGGGAGGGAAAAUAGUGCUAGUGCUAGUAAGGAUAAGCGACCCAAGAAACGUUCUAAGAAAUGAUCACAAAUUUCAUAAUUAGUUAGGCCUUUUUUAUUUUUAUUUUUUUGUAUAUUAUUAUUGUCAGAGUGUCUUUCUUACUUAUUUUACACUACUAAUUUAUUGAUCAGUUGUGGCCUGUAGUCAGUUCAGUUAUAUGUAACUUUUUGUAUCUCGGGUCAAUCCUUGUAACAUGUUUAACUCCUUACUUUAUUCCUUCAGUGGAAACCUCAUCGUCUGUUUUAAUACAUGUCACAGGUUUUUUGUUUGACCAAUAAGAACCAAGGUUGUGAGAACUAGACUUCUCAAUGAA